AGUAGUGACGUCAGUACGCGCGCCCGACCGAAGUUUGUCCGGAUUCUGCGGGCGGGAGUCCUGCCCCUUGGAGCUCAUGGUGCGCUGCGGUUGCGCUUUGUUGAGAAAGUAUGGAAAUUUCAUUGAUAACCUGAGAAUCUUCACCAAGGGAGGAAGCGGUGGAAUGGGUUACCCUCGUUUAGGUGGAGAAGGUGGAAGAGGUGGUGACGUCUGGGUUGUGGCCCAUAAAAAUAUGACCUUAAAACAACUUAAAAACAAAUAUCCUCAGAAACGGUUUGUGGCCGGAGGAGGAGCAAACAGUCGAGUUAGCGCACUGCAGGGCUCCAAGGGAAAGGACUGUGAAGUGCCUGCUCCUGUGGGUAUCUCAGUAACUGAUGAAAACGGCCAAGUGCUAGGAGAACUCAAUAAAGAAGAAGACAGAGUUCUGGUUGCUAAAGGUGGCCUUGGUGGCAAAUUACAUACAAAUUUCUUACCUUUGAAAGGUCAGAAGCGCAUAGUUCACCUUGACCUAAAAGUCAUAGCUGAUGUAGGCCUAGUAGGAUUCCCAAAUGCUGGAAAAUCCUCCUUACUGAGUCGGGUUUCCCAUGCUACACCUGUGAUUGCAGAUUAUGCGUUUACAACACUAAGGCCUGAACUCGGAAAGAUUAUGUACAAUGAUUUCAAACAGAUUUCAGUAGCUGAUCUCCCAGGUUUGAUAGAAGGAGCGCAUAUGAACAAAGGCAUGGGCCACAAGUUCCUCAAGCAUUUAGAGAGAACCAGACAACUGCUUUUUGUUGUUGAUAUUUCUGGGUUUCAGCUUUCUUCUGUAACUCCAUAUAGGACUGCCUUUGAAACUAUAAUACUUCUCACAAAAGAGUUGGAGUUGUACAAAGAAGAACUACAGACAAAACCCGCACUCUUAGCAAUUAAUAAGAUGGACUUGCCGGAUGCCCAAGUUAAACUUCAGGAACUGAUGAAGCAGCUCCUGAGCCCUGAAGGUAAAGCGGCUGUCCGCUUCCAUCUGGUGCGCAGUGCUGGCCGUGCGCAGAGCAGAUUUUCUGCAUUUAUUUGAAACAAAGAUGAUUCCAGAGAAGGCUCUAGAGUUCCAGCAUAUCGUUCCCAUCUCAACAGUCACUGGGGAAGGCAUUGCAGAGUUGAAGAGCUGUAUAAGGAAAGCACUGGAUGAACAGGAUGGCAAAGAAAGUGAUGCGCAUCGGAGCAAACAGUUGCUCAAUUUGCAGAGUUCCAGUUGAGCAUCUUAGACUGAGCCACAUCAAAGUGUGCGGCUACUGUCUCCAGAAAAGGCAGCAUUCAAACCUAGUACAGCGUAUUGACGCAAUACUCUUUCUUCUAAGGAUCAGAAAAUCAUGUUUAAAACGUGGACGAGCCUGAAAAGCAUGAUGUUCAAAGAAGCCAGGCACGACAGCAAGACAAAUAUCAAUGAUCUCACAUGCGGAAUCUUAGAAAGACAAAUCUGAACUGAUAGAAAUCCUGAAAAAUGAUAAUUUUGUGUAGUAUAAAUAGGAGCUAGAAGAUUAAGAGAUGUUGGUCAAAAGAUACAAAGUUUCAGUUAAGCUUUACAGAUCUGUUAUGUACCUUGUUUGUAGAAUAAUGUAUCAUAUUUAAAAAUUUGUAAGAAAGUAGUUUUUAAGUGUUCUGACCACAAUUUUUGAGAAAAAUAUAUAUUUUAAAAUAGAUUUGACUCUGUUUUAAAACAUGCUGUAUAUGAUAUAGACACGUGUAUAAUUUUAUAUCAGUUAAAAAUAGUAUUGAAAUUACAUUAAUUUGAAAGCUUUUCCACAUUUUAAGGAUAGUAUUUAUCGAUAUAUGUAUCAUCAUUCAGGAAAAUACAUUUUCAUCUUCCUUUCCUUCUUCUGGCUUUAGCUCAGCAAGAUGGUUCACUUUUUUGCAUAACGUGUACAGAAGACCCAGGCUAGCAAGCACACAGUCUAGCAAGGCUCUUGUAUUUCAUUCCUGAUGUGGGUACUAAUUAGGUCCUAUCCCUUUGGUGGGAGCUUGACCUCACAGUCUGACUAAUGGAUAACUGGGUCAAAGAGUCCUCACUGGCUAACCUACUUUGAUUUUCAAGUUUCUUAAAAUUAACCCCUUUAUUCCAUUAUUUUUCAAAUUUAGUCAGUUUAUGUUGGCCAUUUGAAGUCUCUAGGAAGAAUAAAUUAUAUAAUCAGCGGGGAAGCCCACCUUCCAAGAAGAAACAGAAUUUUUUUUCCUUUAGGUGAAAUGUGAAAUGUACAUGCUUACUUCUAAAAAAUACAUCCAAGCAGCACACAGGAGCAGGAGGCAACAGACCUUAGCUAGAGAAAGUUACAGUCAGCGGCUUAAGGUUUUAUGAAAAUUUUACAUUUUUUCCACAAAUGAGUUCACUGUAAUUUUCUUUCUUUCUUUUUUUUUUUCUUUUUGCAAAGUAGCAGCAAGUUAAUGAGCUUUAAAAAAUUGCUUACUAAGCGCGGUAGUGUGGGCCUCUGGUGGUGUGGUAAGCUCUGGUAAGCGUGGUGGUGUGGGCCUCUCCCACACCCCUUGGGAAGGAGAAGCUAGGAGUUUUGAGUAAAACACAGCCCCUCCUGGGUGACAUAGCGGGUUGUAGGUUGCUCUGGAUUUCAUAAUGGAACCAGGUUUAAAAAUACUGGUUUUUAACAGUAUGUGUUUUGAUUAUUGUAUGUGGUUUGUUGUUUUGUCCUCAAGUAAGUCUGUGUGACUGUGUGAAUGAAGUGUCCAUGACAGCCAGAAGAGGGGGUCAGAUAUCCUGGAACUGAAAUUCUCUACAGUGGAAAGCCACCAAGCAAGUGUCGGAAAUCAGAACCAGGUCCUCUGCAAGAGCAGCCAGGGUUCUUAACUUCCAAGCCUUCUUCUCCAGCCCCUUUCUUUAAUACUUUUUUAAUUUGUUAAAAAUUAUUUAAUAAUUUAUUGUUUAGUAAAAGUUAUGGUUAUUGACCCCUUUUUAAAAAUCCUUUUUUUAAUUAUAUGUUGAUUGUACUUAAAUUUCUUCUGACUUAAUAAUGUGUAUAGUUUGAUAAAAUAUUAUUUGAAUUUUAA